CGCAAUGCCCCACAACACCCGAGGUUCGGCGGGCCUGCCUCCCUCCCGCCGCGAUCUCCCCCUCCAGGCCCUCGGUCCGUCCGCUGGGGGCGCGCGCAGUGCGUGGUAGGCGGUGCGAGCGCGGGUCGCCUGGCGGUGCGUGGUUGCUAGGGGCGUCUGAGGCUGCCCGCUGGCCCACCAGGCCAAGGGAGGAAGCCGUGCGGAACCGGCGCCGAGCCGCUGCAAAGUGGGGUCCGCUCGGUGAGUGUGACCGCGGAGCCGGGAGAACGACCCACCGUCCACCCAACUCUCCCGCCUUUCCUUCUGCAAGAUGAGGUCAGUUUAUUGGCUGCUAAAGUAAGUUCUUCACAAGCUGUUCACUGGAGGGUCAGCUGAUGGUGGAUCCUUUGGACCUGGUCAGAGAGAGCUGACAGACUUCAAGGAUGCAGCUGCUACUACUGGAGGUGCAUGGCACCUUAUCUAAGCUGGGCCAUCAGGCCAUGUGGCUGUGAUGUGGGCCCCUCAUGGCCUCUGCAGGAACAGAGCACUAUCAUAUUGGCCUCCGCCAGGGAAACAACUUCAAGCAGAGUGGUUCCUCAGGUACAGUGACCCCCCAACCACCUGAGAAACGCUUUGAGGGCAGAGUCUGGGCUCAGGCCCAUCAGCAGGUGAAGCCAAUCUGGAAGCUGGAGAAGAAGCACGUGGGGACACUGUCAGCAGGGUUGGGCCCAGGCCUCUUGGGUGUCUCAUCCCAGUCAGCAUAUUUCUUUUGCCCCAGCACUUUAUGUAGCUCUAGGACUACAACCAUCUUUGCAGGCCACAGCAACUCCUGUUACCUGCACUCUCUCCCGGACUCAUUCAGCAGUACCCUGCUUUACCGCUGUUCUAACUACAGGCAUAAACCUUACCAGCAGCUGGAGUCUUUCUGCUUGCAUUCAAGCCUGUCAGAAAAAAGACCUUUUUCUCUCCCUCAAAAGAGCCUCCCCGACAGACUCACUGCCAAUAAGGCCACUUCUCCCAUCAUCUCCCCUAUGGCGCAGCCCAUGGCAUCUUCAUCCACAGAUCCACACCUCUCACUGGGAGCAGCUGGGGAAAACCCUUCAGGGAAGGGCCUGGCCUCUGCUAUCUCAGGGAAGAUCCCAUCUCCACUCUCCUCUGCUCCCUCUUUCUACAAGCCCAUGCUAAAUAACAACUCCUUCAUGUGGCCAAGUAGCACUAAAGUGCCUUUUUUGCAGGCCACAGAGGGCCUGAAGCCAAUAUCUUCACCCAAGGUCCAACUCGUCUCCUGGCAUCAUUCAGGGAACACUGGAGACUGUGCCCUCCAGCCUAUUGGACACAAGGUACCCAAGAACAAUGACACUAUCCUAGAUGAUGCCCCUGCUCAUGGCACCCAGCCCACCCCUAGCUCCUCAGACACUCCCACCACCAGUGUUGGCGCUCCCCAGUACCACCGGAGUAACUUAUCUAUGAAGGCAGAGCCACGUCCCUGUGGCCUAGAUGACAAUUCGGUUUCCAAGGCUCUGACUAAGGAGAUCCAGUUCACUGAGGCCGUGAGGAGGCUGACUACAAGAGGCUUUGAGAAGAAGCCGAGGACAGGUCACCAGUUUGAACAAUGUUGUUUCAUGAACCCCACCUUGCCAUGGGAUCUCAUUAAUAGGAACAGACUGUGGAAGCCUCCUGUGAUAGGCCAGCAGCUCCCUCAGGAGGAUGGUGGAACAGACAGUAAGAUCCUUUCUGGAGCUUCAGACCCCAUGGAGUUGGAUAGUACAGCCUUCUGUACCAAACGCAUCAGCAUUCACCUCUUUGCAUCACACGCUAGUGGGCUCAGCCACAGCCCCACCUGUGGAUCUGCGAUCAGCUCACCACCACUUGGAGGAGAAAAAAUUCCAGUUCUGCCUCCUGCCCCUCAGCUCCUUGGCAUAGCUGAUGUGGCCACCCAGCUCUCUUCCAUCCAUCUGGGCCAGCUUGAGAAGGAAGAGCCUAAGGAAGUCAGGGAGCUAGACUCACCUGCUAGAGAUAUUGGUUCAGCUACUGACCUCCAGCUGGACCAGGUUGAGGCUGAAGAUCUGGAAGAAGAGCUAGUUGAUGGUUUGGAAGACUGCUGCAGCCAUGAUGAGAAUGAAGAGGAGGAGGGAGACUCCGAGUGCUCCUCAUUCAGUGCUGUCUCCCCCAGCGAGUCGGUAGCAGUGAUCUCUCGAAGCUGCAUGGAAAUUUUGACCAAACCCCUUUCCAGUGAGAAAGUUGUCCGACCAGCUCUCAUCUACAGUCUCUUUCCCAACGUGCCCCCCACCAUCUAUUUUGGUACUCGGGAUGAGAGAGUGGAGAAACUUCCCUGCGAGCAGAGAAAACUGCUCCGGUGGAAGAUGAGCACCGUGACACCCAACAUUGUCAAGCAGACCAUUGGACGAUCCCACUUCAAAAUCAGCAAGAGAAAUGAUGACUGGCUGGGCUGCUGGGGUCACCACAUGAAGUCUCCUAGUUUCCGGUCCAUUCGGGAGCAUCAGAAGCUGAACCAUUUCCCAGGUUCAUUCCAGAUUGGGCGAAAGGACCGACUGUGGCGGAACCUGUCCCGCAUGCAGAGCCGCUUUGGCAGGAAGGAGUUCAGCUUCUUCCCCCAGUCUUUUAUCCUGCCCCAGGAUGCCAAGCUCCUGCGCAAAGCCUGGGAGACUAGCAGCCGCCAAAAGUGGAUCGUUAAACCACCAGCAUCGGCUCGAGGCAUUGGCAUCCAGGUCAUUCACAAGUGGAGUCAGCUCCCCAAGCGAAGGCCCCUUCUGGUUCAGAGGUAUCUGCACAAACCCUACCUCAUCAGCGGCAGCAAGUUCGAUCUGCGAAUCUAUGUUUACGUCACCUCCUAUGAUCCUCUACGGAUUUACCUCUUUUCAGAUGGACUCGUCCGCUUUGCAAGUUGCAAGUAUUCCUCUUCCAUGAAGAGCCUUGGUAACAAGUUCAUGCACCUGACCAACUACAGUGUCAAUAAAAAGAAUGCUGAGUACCAGGUCAAUGAAGAUGAAACAGCCUGCCUGGGCCACAAAUGGGCACUGAAGGCUUUAUGGAACUACUUGAGCCAGAAGGGAGUAAAUAGUGAUGCCAUCUGGGAGAAGAUAAAGGAUGUUGUCGUCAAAACCAUCAUCUCGUCAGAACCCUAUGUGACCAAUCUUUUGAAGAUGUAUGUGCGGCGGCCCUACAGCUGCCACGAGCUCUUUGGCUUUGACAUCAUGCUGGAUGAGAACCUCAAGCCGUGGGUCCUGGAAGUCAACAUUUCCCCGAGCCUCCACUCCAGCUCUCCACUGGACAUCAGCAUCAAAGGCCAGAUGAUCCGUGACCUUCUGAACCUGGCAGGCUUUGUUCUGCCUAAUGCAGAGGAUAUUGUUUCUGGCUCCAGCAGCUCCAGCAGCUCUACCACCAGCCUGCCCAGCUUCCCCAAGGACAAAUGUCGAGUGACCCCAGAGCACUUCACUGCACAGAAGAUGAAGAAAGCCUAUUAUUUGACCCAGAAAAUUCCUGAUCAGGACUUCUAUGCAUCUGUGCUGGAUGUCCUGACACCAGACGAUGUUCGAAUUCUGGUUGAGAUGGAGGAUGAGUUUUCUCGCCGUGGUCAAUUUGAAAGAAUUUUUCCUUCUCGAAUCUCUUCUCGCUAUCUCCGCUUUUUUGAGCACCCACGAUAUUUCAACAUUCUCACCACCCAAUGGGAGCAGAAGUAUCAUGGCAACAAACUCAAAGGAGUAGAUCUGCUUCGGAGUUGGUGCUACAAAGGGUUCCACACAGGAGCCAUCUCUGAUUCUGCUCCAAUGUGGUCUCUCCCGACAUCACUUCUGACUGCCCCAAAGGGUGACAUGAUGCUCAAUGCUUUCUCCACACUGGAGUCUGGCAAGCUGGGAAAACACAGCUCCUCCAAGGGAAGCAUGCCGCUGUCUGAAGAUGCGAUCAUGCCCAAGCCCUGGAAGACCCAGCCUGGCCUUUCUUUCCUGGGGAAACCCAGUUCCUCAAAGGACAGUGAAGAUAGCAGUAAAGAGCCCAGCCUUUCCACCCAGGUGGUACCUAUGAUCAAGUACUCUGGGCGGAGUUCGAGACUCUGUGCUUCCUCUGUCUCUCAGUCGACUGGUGACUCCCUCCUGGCUGCUGUGAGCCCAUGACAGUCCUCUCUCCACAGCUCCUGCUCAGGAGCACCAGUGUUAGCUACCUCAUGGGAACCGGCCUGCUGGCCAGCCCCAGCCCCCCCUUCCUCCACCUGGCCCCUUCUCAGAGUAUUUUUUGAAGUGCAGAAGAUGUGUAUCUGGAGAGCUGGAGGGGUGGUGGGGAUGGGGAGAAGGUGAGGAAAGUUCACUGGCUGGUACCUCAUAUUUCAGCGGAGAAGCCAAUGAUGGCCACUCAGCCUUAUAAAGCAGGGUUUGGUUUGUACCUUUAGAGAGCUAUGUGUGGUUUGUUUUAGGCCUUGGUGCAGUAAUUGAGUUAUAGCUUAAGGGGAGAAAACAUACUGAACAUAUCUGGGCCUGAAGUCCUUUGUCUGUAAUUGAGGAGCUUCCUCUGAAGGUGCUCCUUUCUUCAGGUUGCACACCUCCCCCUCCACCCCCACCCCAGUUCUGUGGAGCCACUUAGACAAACCUUCCUAUUUCCUCAGUAGACAGGCAGGGAGAGGCCAUGCCAUGAACCAGUUUCCUAUCAGCCUAGUCUUGGGGCUUCACCACCUCCAGAUCACUUAUCCUUUCAUGGACACACCUAAGAAGUAGUCCUAGGGCUUCCUGUUUUGACCUUGUUAACCUUCUAGAUUUCACUCUCAUGGAUGUUGGCUCUCAGCUCUCUGUGAGAUGAGAGGUUUUGUGAACUGCUGAAUUUCCCAUGGCCCCAGUGAAGGACCCUCAAUGAUUCCAGUUGCUACAGGAUUAUGUCUAUAUCCAUAUGCCAAGAGACACAGUCCAGGGGGUGGGUGGAAGGAGCUGUGAUUUCCCCAUAACAGGAAGUCUCCGGUUCUGCUUAUUCCCUCUGCUGUCUCUGAUUAGUGGGCCCUGGCUCAGAGGUUGCUCGGGCGAGCAGGCUGGGGACAUGGUGGGUGGGUUUCAGAAGCAGUCACCAUCGUAGGAUGGGUUUCCAGUUAGACCACUGAUUAAAUUCUGUACUGUUAACUGAAUCUACCUCCCUCCCCAAGACUCAGGAAAUGGUGAGAGUUUGAGUAAAGUUGACUGACUGAACCGAACCAAGGGAGACCUCAAAGGACGCAAGCGCCUGGACCAGAAGUGCUGCUCUCUUCCAGGAGAAGCCCAAGGGCAGCCCAAGAUGGGAGAGUUUGGCUCAGAGGUUGUUUUCACUUGAGCUGUGUGCCUCCUGAACCCAGUACUUCCUGGUUGCUGCUCGCCCCCUCUCCAGUUCUCUGGAAACCGACCUCGGUUCUUUGGCUGCCUUCUGAGAACCCCCCAGACAGUACAGCUGACCUGUUUCCAUCCCUGUAACUGGACCGAGGACCAGCAUUGCCGCACAGUGGGAAUGGAGGGGAGGAGGGAGGCGGGGAAAGACUUAUGGAAUUAAAUGAGUGAUGAAAUAGA